CGGCAGUCCCGCCCUAGAGGCGGUGCCCCAGCUGGCCGCCCUAGCCCAGCAGGCGCUAGGCGGGGUGGGGCUGGGUGACCCGGACGGGGGGCUGCGGGCGCUGUACGGCGAGUGUGUGGGGUGGAUGGCGGGCUGGCCGGCGCGGGUGUGGCCGUGUAGGGCCUUUGCGGGCAUGCCGCGUUCCAUCCAGGAUGCGGUGCUGCAUGCCGCCCAGUCACGCCUCAACCCCGCCUCCGCCCCGGGGCUGCUGGCGAGCUGCCGGCAGCUGGCCUCCUCGCUGCCGCCGGUGGCCUGGGCGGCGCACGUGGGGGAGAUGCGGGGGGAGCUGGAGCGGUACGGCAGGUCGUACGUGUGGUCGCACUGGCGGGAGGUGUGCCGGGAGGCGGGGGUGCGCCAGGACCGCUCCGAGUGCUGGUGCGCGCUGCUGGAGGAGCUCCGAGACCACGUCAUGACACACCCGGAUCCAGAUGCUGCCGUACAGGCUCUCGUACACUGGGAGGCUGCCAAGAGGGCGCUGCUGUACGGCGGCGGCAAGCAGGCGGCGGUUGGGGCCGCGGCGGUUGGUGUGUACGGCACAGCUCGUAACGGCGGGGGUCGCGGAGUAGGAGGAGUUGGAGGAGGAGGCGGGGCGGGGGAUUGGGGGUGGUUGGGCGAGGAGGAGGCGCAGCACUUGCAGGCCCUGUACGACCACGUCCGCAGCUACUGCGUUCGUCACCUGCCGCUGCUGCUCCGUUGCCCCGCCUUCCAUGCGCUACCGCCCCCCCAGCAACAGCGCAUUCGCGACAUCGCAGCACAGGGCGUGGGAACCGGCACUGCCGCCGCCGCGCGUCACGUCACGACGGAUAGCAUUGCCGUACAAUCCGCAUCGCCAUUUUCAACCGGCCGCCGGCGGCUGCCGCCGUCUUGGGAGGAUGGCGAACGGCCGCUGCGACCGUCGCAGCUCGGAGGUCCUCCUAGCACGGCGGGCGGCAGGACUGGCAGCAGCAGCGCUGGUGCUGCUGCUGCCUCCUUUGCGUUUGGCGGCGGCGGUGGCGGCGGUGACGACGGCAGGAGUCGCGAGGGAUCGGCCGGCGGCGGCGCGGCAUGGGUGAUUGCGUUGGGUCCGGAACCGACAGGGAUGGCGACGCCGCCACCGCGACCGAGGCCGCUGGCAUCAUCAUCAACAUCAACAUCAUCAGCAGCAGCAUCCCUACGGAGUAUGUUACAGCCGUCGGU